AUUAGACAUGGAUAGAUGCAUUUGUGAGGAAAUCAGGGAGGUCAUCAACGACCUCAGACGAUGUAUAUUCAUCAUUGACAAUUUCCCGUGCCCUUUUCCCAUCAUACAUGGGAAAAGAACGGGGUCCCCUGACAGAAUUACAUCAACCCCAUUAAGAAACCCAGAUUUCGUCUGGGGUGCUGGGGCGGCACCACCAAACGCCCCAGCUAAAAAUCCCCAAGUUAUCGUCAUUAGUGACGACACCCUUCCCAGCCUUCACGAGAGCUGGUUUGAAACCAGUACCGAAAUAGAUUCGUCUAUUACAAUUGCGAAAGAGGACGAAGAAAAAGAAGAAAACGAGGAAAAGGAGGAAAAGGAGAAAACGGAGGAAGAGAAGGAAGAGGAGGAAGAGGAGGAAAAGAAAGAAUAGAAUGAGGAAAAUGGUUAGUAUUUGUUUUUUUUUUUAAUUUCCUUAUGAAAAAUAUUUGGCUGAUUUAAAACAAUUCGACUUGUUCAGAUUUACCAGAUUGAUUAAUAUCAUGCGUUUAUUACAUUUGAUAUUAAUGCACUUGUUUUCAUCCUCUUUUACAGCAUUGGAGAAUUAAGAAAAUUAAAGAAAACAACAAACCAAUGUAAAAAUAAAAUGAAGAAAAAACUUAAAUGUUGUGAUUUUUAAAGGUAAUUCCAAGCGUGAGGUUAAAACAUGCCAAUGGUUGGAUGCUAUGUGAUUGAUAGAAAUCAUGUGUAUUUUAAAAAUUAAAAUACAUAAGAUGUCAUUAUCAGUCAUUUAAUGUCCGAACUUCGGUAUGUGACCAUUUACCAAAAGUUACUGUGAUGUUUAUUCACAUUUUGCAUGGAUCUAAUGCAUUUUUUUCCCUCAACAAAAUCAUGUCAAUGCUUAGAGGUUAUGUGAUUGAUAUAAACCGUGUGUAUUUUUUCUUAAAUUAAAAAAUGCAUAAGGUGUCGUUA